AUGGCGACUACGGCCACUGGCACGCUCUUCCCUAUAGGCCAUGACUUUGCGCCGCACUUGGUCUCCUCGUCGCUCGACACCACCGUCUCACCCUCUUCCGACCUGGAAUCGUACGAAGAAUUCGAGCGGAGAAUGACCCAGAUCCAUCACCAUGUCGACCAAGAAGACUGCGAGAUGCACUCGUGUGCAGACUCUCCCGACAAGUCCUUCACCUCGGAGAUGCUAUCCCCAGACAAGCUCGACGAACACCACCCAGCGAAGCACCGCGCCGUCUCCCUGGCCAGUCAAGGCAGCUGUUCCCUCUCGCCCGCUGGUGCCUCGAAUAUCCUGACUCCCACCUCGACCAACAACGACGACCUGGACACUACGGGCUACGAUGACCCGGAAUCAGAGAUCGUCUCCAUCUCCCCCCGGAGCAGUCUCGAGAGCCCCGCCGACAACUUCGUGUACGGCGACACCUUCGACGCUUAUCCAGCUGCUGUCAAUGUCAACGGGAGGAUGAACAUCCCUCGGCCCGCACCCGUGACCGGCGCCUACUCAUCUGCUUCGCCAGCAACGUCGCGAUCCCUACGGGAGACAUCCGUCCUGCGACAGACACCGGCUACGCAAUGGCCAGGGCACUUUUUUUCCUCAUUGUCUGACGCCAGCAUGGACAAUCACUACAACCCUUACAACACCUUACCAGGUGAUCUGGACUUCACUGGCACCUCGUUCAGCAGCGACGACCUUUCCACCGCUCACCUCCUCGAGAGCUCUUUUCCGAGCCAAGCGAUGGCUGCUAUCCCAUUCCGGCCUCACGAUAACGGAUCGAUGCCCACUCCCAUGCAGUACGGCGCCCCAAGUAUGCUUCCUCAGGCGACUGCCAAUUUUCGUCAAUAUAUGCCUGCUGCCACUAGUUCGGUUGAGCAGAGGCCUGAACAGCCUUUUUCUCCUUACCACCACCCGACUUCUGCGACGCUGUAUCAAGGACGCUUUGAAACCCAGAAUUAUCCGGCUCUCGGCCAGCAGAUAGGACGUCUAUCCCAGCCGCAACCCACUCUUCCUUCGAACGCAGCAACUCGGCCUCCACAGCCUGCCCUGGAUACUAGAGUCGAGCCAAGCAGGCAAAUGCGAACUUCGCCUUCCACGCAAACACACCGCCAACCCAUGCCGCAAUUUCAGCAUGGCCAAGCUAUUUCCUCUGCUUCUAAUUAUCCCCAAGCGGUACCAUCAUCGGGCCGCUCACCGACCACUUCCUUGAGAACCCAUACAGAUCAAGUGCUACAAGCUGCUCAAGCGAGUCAUCAUCAGAGGGUCAUAAGAGGAGACGCAUCCCAGCCUACCAUCCAUCGUAGUCAGGCAUCACAGUCAGAUCGUGUCAGGAAAGGAGGACGAAGCAAGAACUCACAUCUGAACGAGCAAUCUCGUCAGAAGAGCCAUAAGAUGCGCACGGUGGGCGCCUGCUGGCGAUGUGCGAUGCAAAGAGACCCGGUGAGUAUCGAGUAUUGGGCCGAUAAAGACUGCAGACUAAUUUCUCGAAUAGUGUGAUGAAGGUUCGCCCUGCAACCGAUGCUUGAUGCGCUCGCAAAGAGGCCAGGCUUACUACUUCGAGUGUGACCGAUCCAAGUUGCCAGACUUUGCUCGCGAUUUCGCGCCUCGUAAGGGUCAUUCACACGUCAAUCCGAAGCGCAGUCCACUAACCAAUGCCCCAGCCUCCAUGGUCAAUUGGCACGCGAGACAGACAAUAGAAGACACCGUCGCUACUGAAGUGCAAUCAUGGGUUCCAGACAAUGGAAUCGACCUCUACCUAUCUUGCGGAUACGGUCCGCCUUUGCGCUGGAAGGUGUACGAAUUCAAACCGCGAACUGCUGACCUGCUCGGACAGAUACAAUACUCUCUGGCCGAGAACGGCAAUGGCUUCGUCAAUCAAUUCAAGUACUCGCCGCCUUUUGGCCUCAUGAAGCUGGAAAUGAGCGACGACGCCCACAUUGAGGCCUACCUGGACCAGCUGAUGGAGCCUCAUAUCCUCAUGUCGUUUGGCUGGAAGUGCUACCAAGAAGAGGAGAUAUUAGACGGGAACCUUUUCCAAAUACAAGUCGUGGAGAUGAUGUGUAGCCUCUACAUUAACACGACGGAUGUAUCGGUAUGUCGACAUCCCUCAUCACCUCUCACGCCAUGAUGUAGGCUGACAUCUCCCUCCAGCUCCGAGUCCUGCUACGAGACAUCCUCCGAAUGCUAAUCAUCAACUACAUCAUGAAUCACACAUUAAGCAUAUCCGAAGACACGCUCUAUACCGUCCUGUCCUCCGUUCGAUACUCGCGCCGACCCUCUGCACUCCAACGCUUCACCUCGCCGCGCCUCGCAGCUCGUCAACUGAAAUUCUUCAUCUGCAUCCUGCGUAACAACAUCUACGAGAAGAUAUUGAAAUGGCAACAAGCGACCCUGCACUCCGGGAUCUCUAAGAAGGACACGACCUGGCUACAAUCCUUCUGCGUCAUGCUCGGAUUCGCCAUGGUGCUCGAAGAAGUGCAAAGAACCAGCCAAUUGCAAGCCCAUACGGACGAGACGAGAGGCACAUUAUCGCACGACGCAGCCUAUCGGCGAUCAGAAGAGGUAUGCCAGAGGAUCGACGAGCGGUUCAAGUUACUCGUCGGACUCUUCCAAUGCAAGUAUCGGGACAGAAAAUGGGGUUCGAAUGGCAGCUUUGGACCCGGAACGCCGGAGCUCCGCGAGCCGGUUCAGAGGGAAUUCCUGGGCUCAUUGAGAGCUUUGGUGGAGCAGAGAUGUACGUCCCCAAAAGAAACUCAAGAAGUGAUGCUGACUGACUGACCCUUCUUGCGCUUCUAUCCAGACGACCAUCUGAAACUUCGAGAAGGCGUGGAAUUCCGCGAGGAUCAAUUCCAUCUCUACACGACGCGCUUGACGGCGAGAUUUCUCUUGCCUUUCUUGAACUUACCGGCAACAUGA